AGCUCUGUGUGCAUUAAAUACUUUCCCUUUUUCGUUUAAAAAGAAUGGUGAAACAGACGAUACAGAUAUUUGGUCGCAUUAGACCCACUAAGAAACCAACGGCGGUGUACUCUGUGGACCAUGAGGAGCAAACAGGUGCUUCUUUGGAGUUUGUGGUGCCCAGGGAUUUGGCUGAUGGCUUUGUUAAUAACAAGAGGGAGAGCUACAAGUUCAGGUUCAAAAAGGUGUUUGAUCAAGCUGCAAAACAAGAAGACAUAUUUGAAGACAUUGUCAGACCAGUUGCGGACAGUGUGUUGGCCGGCUUUAACGGCACCAUAUUUGCCUAUGGCCAGACAGGAAGUGGGAAGACCUUUACCAUCACAGGAGGAGCUGAGCGCUACAGUGACCGUGGCAUCAUUCCCCGUACGCUUUCCUACCUGUAUGAACGCUUCAACCAGGACAACAGUAUGAUUUACACCAUACACAUCUCCUACUUGGAGAUCUACAACGAGAUGGGAUACGACCUUCUGGAUUCCCGCCAUGAAGCAUCUCGACUGCAGGACCUCCCAAAAGUAACAAUCAUGGAAGACCCAGACCAGAACAUCCAUCUCAAGAACCUGACAAUGCAACAGUCAGCAAACGAGGAGGAGGCUCUGAAUCUGCUCUUCCUGGGUGACACUAAUCGUAUGAUUGCAGAGACUCCAAUGAACCAGGCAUCCACACGUUCCCACUGCAUUUUCACUGUGCAUCUGUGCAGGCGUGAGCCGGGCUCGGCCACCCUGCGGCGCUCCAAGCUCCACCUGGUGGACUUGGCUGGAUCGGAUCGAGUUAGCAAGACUGGCCUGAAUGGGCAGCUGCUAACUGAGGCCAAGUACAUCAACCUCUCUCUCCACUACUUGGAGCAGGUGAUCAUAGCUCUUUCAGAGAAGAACCGCUCCCAUAUUCCCUACAGGAACUCCAUGUUGACUUCUGUGCUGAGGGACAGCCUCGGAGGCAACUGCAUGACGACCAUGAUUGCCACUUUGGCAGUGGACAAGAGGAAUCUUGAUGAGUCCAUCUCUACGUGUCGCUUUGCUCAGCACGUGGCUCUCAUCAAGAACGAAGCGAUAUUGAAUGAAGAACUGGAUCCUGCCCUGCUAAUAGCCCAUUUGAAGAGGGAGAUCCAGUCUCUGAAAGAAGAGCUGGCCAUGGUGACAGGAGAAAAGAGAGAUGACCAGCUUACUGUGGAAGAGAUUCAGAAUUUGGAAGCGUCAGUCAAGACCUUUCUGGAUGACCCUGAUCCAGACGUAACACUGUCAUUGGGACCAGACAUGAGAAGAAUCCAGUACUGUUUCUCUCUGCUGAAGAUAAUGAUCAUGGGCAAGCAACGUGGAGAGAAUAGGCUUCAUAAUGGGAAAGCAUCAACUGAAGCAGCAGCGAGGGAAACAAUAAUUCAAGAUGGCCACCACAAUGCAGCAGAAGUGACCAAAUUAAAGGAGAUGUUGACGCAACGUGAUAAUGAGAUCAGUGUCCUCGUCAAGAUGUUGAAGAAGGAGAAAAAAAGAGCCCAGGAUGCCGCUGCUCAGCUGGCUAACAUCACCAGUAGUCAGAGCCCGGCCUCCCAGAAUGCCUUAAGGUCAUCAACAACACCACCGUUGAGGGAUGGAGGCACAGAAACCAUCUCAGCCGACCAUGAAGGAAGGGCUAUACAGUACAUGAAAAGAGGUCCACAGCUGUCUAUGGGAAAGCAAGAGGCCUUUGAGACCUUCAUAAGGGACCAUGAGGACCAUCUGACCAUUGAGGACAACAAGAAGCUACUCAAACAGAGGUCAGCUGAGGCCAGAGGAAUUGGAAAGACACUGAAUGAGUCUAGAAACCGAAUAACUGAGCUGAAGAAGCAGUUGGAGAUGCAGAGGAGGCAGAGGGCAGCUCACGGUAUAAUGGGUAAUCACACAGAGGUCGAGGAGGAGGUCAACCCAGUAGAAGAAAACCUGUGCAAACACAUUGAGCAGGAAAAACACACUUAUAAGAACGCCAUUGGCCGUCUGAAAGCGCUGAGGACAGAGAUUGAGCACCUGCAGCUGUUGCUGGAGAGGGCAAAGGUCAAGCUCCAGAGGGAUUUCCAUGAGUGGUGGAGCCAGGAGGCUUCCAGCAUACAGGAGUCUGAGGCCACAGCCAGAUGUCACACCCGAUCGCCAAAUGGAACCUUGCAGCCGUCUUCACCUAGGACUCCAGGAUUUCGUGCACCUGCUCUGAGCAGCACUGUGAGAGACCCUCCAGCAGGCCCAGACCCAAAUCCAGACUGCUCCACUGCCCCUGUUCAAGAUCUUAGAAGCUUCAUUCCUAAAAGUGUACCUCCCGUGACAGCAGUCCCAUCUGGCCUUGAGAAGUCCCUGGAUGGUGGGAGGCUGACUGACUUCGCUCCUGCAUCUGAGUGGAGGGCCCUUUCCACCACCAACCUCUCAUCCUCCUCGAUUCCCCUGACUGGAGACCAGCAGACUGAUGCGGACAUCCUGGCUUUUGUCAGAGCCAGACAACAACUCCUCAACAGAACAGGCCAACUUCAAUAAUAACAUGAAAUUCUGAUGAAGGACUGAAAUUAUCAUCAUCUAACUGCUCCACGCUGUCCUAAAAAUGUGUCUCACACAUGAAUAACAACGAAGAUGUGUGAAGAAAUUAUCCCGACUGGGUCCAAAACACACGAGAUUUCUCAUAACCAGUCCCCUCUGCCAAACACACAUCCUGUCUGAUUUUUACGCCAGUGAUAUAAUGGGCAGGAAUAUAAAUCACAGCCCGC